UGUAAGGGAGUCAGAGAUGGGUUAGUGUCGGGGAGACAGGACCUCGGUACCGGGGACUCGGUGGGUGACUCUAGUGACAUGCGUUCUGCGUCAGACACAGCGACACCAUGUACCCGCAGCUGAAGCGCGCGCUCCGGGAAAGAAACGCGUUUUUCCGGGGAUCCAUCCCGCCGUGGAGCGCGUGUGCAAGGGCAGUGUUUUGCGGUCACCUGCGUUUUCUAUGGCGUGUGUUGAUGUUUUUGACCAUCCUGUGUGUGGUGCUGCAGUUACUGAGUGCGGUUCGUCAGUCUUGGAACAAGAAGACCAGGCGAUCUGACCACCAGUUGAACAAUCCUCUUCUUAUUGAACAGCGAAAUGCUCAGUCUAUCAUGGAGAACUUUAAUUCAAACCAAGUGGCCUUCCGCCAUUUCCAGUGGAGCAAUGGAAAAGACGAAGGCUCGAAUCAGGUUUCAGAACAUGCAAGAAAAAAUCUGGACACAACACCAGCUCGACGUCUCGCUAGCACUUCCGGGAGGAUCUUAACCCCACAUCAGCCAUCACAUGACUACAAAGGCGAAUCGGUGGUUGACCGGGAAUUCCCAAAACAACCACAAGACCAAAUUUUGUCCCAUGACCAUCUUCCGAAAAGAUUUCCAGAACCUCAAUCAUCUGGUCCGAGACAUGACGGCAAACAAACAUCGAGCUUUUUGACCAGCGACAGAAACGGCACGUGUCAACCCAAGAACCAUGUUUUCUUCCUGAAAACGCACAAGACGGCCAGCAGCACCAUCCUCAACAUCCUGUAUCGCUAUGGCGAUACCCACAACUUGACAUUUGCGCUGCCGGUGUACAUGCACAGCCAGCUCUACUACCCGCACUUCUUCAUGUCGCACUUCGUCGAGGGCAUGAAGUCUCGCCGAGUGACAGAGUUCCACAUCAUGUGCAACCACAUGCGCUUCCGAGGGCCUGAGGUGAGAAAGGUCAUGCCCUUGGACACGUUUUAUUUCUCCAUCCUGCGCAAUCCGGUGUCCAUGAUGGAGUCUCUCUUCACGUACUACAAAUCAAUCCCAGCAUUCCGCAAUUUCAAGACCCUUGAGGACUUUCUGCUCGAUGAAGGCCGUUCUUACAACAGUACUGUGCUUGGUAACCAUUACGCCCAUAACAUCCUGACCUUCGACUUCGGCUUCAACAACUCGGCACCGUCCAGCGAAGCGGAACUGGACGAACGAGCCGUGGCUCUGAUUUCCGCCGUGGAGAGUGAAUUCCACCUCAUCCUGAUCUCAGAGUACUUCGACGAGUCUAUGGUGUUGCUCAGACACGCCCUCUGCUGGACCAUGGACGACGUCGUGUCAUUCCGCCUGAACAGCCGAAGCGAGAAAACCCGCAAAUCGCUGAGCGUGGAAAUGACCGAGCAGGUGAAGAAGUGGAGCUCGUUGGAUUGGAGACUCUACCAACACUUUAACGCAAGCUUCUGGAGGCGGAUAGAUACAUCGCUAGGGCGCACUAAGCUCCAAGAGGAAGUGGAGCUUCUCAGAGCCAGAAGGGCAGUACUGGAGAAAACCUGCCUUUCAGAGGGCGGAGCCGUGGAUCCAGCUCACGUACUUGAUUCAUCAUUGAAGCCAUUCCAGUACGGCCAAGCGGUUAUCCAGGGAUAUAACAUUCGCCCGGGAUUGGACAACGACACACACCGUUUUUGUCAGAGGCUCAUCAUGCCUGAACUGCAGUACACCAGGGCUUUGUACGUUAAACAGUUCCCUGAUAUCGCUGUUAAAAUUGCGGCUGCUAAAAAGCAGGCAGCAAAAAAGCACCCAGCCCCUGGCAAACACGUCAUAAAUGCUAAUAUGAAUGGCACCAGUGCGCCUGUCGCUGAGAAGCGCAACUCAAUCAUACAAAGCAGGACAGAUUCUGUUAGAAACAAGAAUGUUGAUAAGGUGCGAAAAGCUAAUAUGCCUAUAUUAGUCAAAGACAAUAUGGAUGUUAAAGAUAAUACUAACUCAGCUGAAGCAAAGCAACACAAAACCUAAAGACAAAUGAACCUCAACCUGACAUUAAACAGCGAAAUAUGCUAAAUGUGCCUUAGCCUAUGCUGUGGAGAAGAUCUCAAUUUGUUCAAAUCCAGCAGCCAGAAAAACAAUACAAAUGAAUGUCAAAUGGUAUUUACACAAAACCGAUCAACUGUUAGUUCUUUUACUUGUGAUUAUCUUUGCACUUUGCUAGAUCAUCUCGGGUCUUAAAAUCGUGAUUAAUUUGUUAGCUAGGGGGAAUAUUUGUAAAUAUUUCACUGUUUUUCUGAAAACUAAGCACUUCGGGCUAAGUUUCAACUAUUCUUCUUCUUCUUCUUCUUCUUCUUAUUGUUAUUAUUGUUAUUAUUAUGUGAACUGGCCCUAAUUCUGUAAAGAUACUGACUGUAUGUCAUUAAUGUUUUUUCAAAUCCUAAAAGCUGGUAUACAAGUAUAAGAAAUAAGAUUAUUGUUACUGUGAGAUGGUAAAUACGGGUGUAUAUCCUCUGAAUGAGAUGAUUCAGACUAAAUGUCACAAUUUAAAUGCAGAUUUUUCUAACAAGAUUCAGUUUUCUCUGGAAAGAUAAAUGUAAGGUUUAUAAACAUAGCUGAUAUGAAAUUCAAGUUUGUAAAAAAAAAAAAAAAAAAAAAAAUCCUGAUGUAGCCUUUGGUGGGGGUGGGGCUAGGGUCACUUAUGUAGAAUUUAUUCACACAUUAAUAAUGAAUCAUUUGUACUCAACACUAGAGUGCUUUAAAAUUUCUUCCCAUUAACACUCAAUGUCCUGUUCUAUUGUUCUCUUUAAAAUUUAGUUUAAUAUCCAUUAUGUUCGUAAUAAUGACGAGCAAAAUAUACACCAGGGCUUCAUUUAUCCAUCUUUUAGUAAAGUUCUGUGUAAAUGGUUUCGCACGGCAAAAAAAAAAAAUUCACACCAAAUUUACAGAAGUUUUGUAGACGAUUGUUUUCAUUCUCACGUGUGAACGCUGAUAAACGCCAAUCAGUCGUAAAUGACCAAGCACGUUCAUGGCACAGCUGAUUUGCAUUUAACCACGCCCACAAAACUCCACAAAAAGCAAAGCUCGCAGAGAGUUAAAAAAACGACAAAACGGCGACUAAACAUUGUUGGGUAAAUCUUCCAGUAAUGCAGCUCAGCCAAUGCAGCUCUUCACUAACACACACACCCCCUUCAAUCUUUUAUAGGGUGCCAUUACUUUUGUUCUCUUGAUUUACGGAUUCGCUUCGGAUCCACAUCUUUCAAGUCGCUAACAUGAAAAACAGUUUCAUGGAUCGUAUUUAAAAAAUGGCGUGUAUUUGAAAUAAAGAAGUGAUUUAAACUCAACAGUGUAAUCCGUAUUUAAAAAAUUGCAGUAACUCGUCAACAGUUGUACGAUUCGAAGCCAAUCAUUCGAGGUUCACGUUAGUAGCGAGUAAAUUUAUACAAACUCGAGAGCUCUUGUUGGAUACGGACGCUUUCCCUAAACUAAGAGGAUUUUCACGGACACCACAUUUCUUGCAUAAACACUCCUACGUUCCAUUUACGAAUAAAUUUGUUCGGAUUGAUAAAUGAGGUCCAAUGUCGAUGUAAGGAAUGAAGGUGAUGACAAAUAUUUUUUUUUUGUAUUCUACUUUUUGUAAAAGUUUAAAAUGGGCCAUUCUAAAAGCAAUGACACAUAAGGGCUAAUUAGGUUUCCAAAUUUGGCAAACUCUUUGGCUAACCUCGGAAUGCUGAAUACUUGUGGGAUAAGGGAUCGGAUUUGUAACAGAAGUAUUAAUUAAUUCAAACUUAAAAGGAAACAAAAAUCUCAAGACUUUCUAAAUUAGCUUAGCUAGAUCUUAUUCCUUUUGUUCUCUACUUUCUAUUCCCUUGUAAGGAACUAUUUUCGCUAACACCUUUUUAUUUGUUGACCGCUUUUUUAUGCAUGCUGCAGUACUUUGUAGAAGUUAGCGGUACGCAGGCUAAUCUCGCUCUAACUGAAGUUAAGGAAAUGGCCUGAAUUAUUCAGACAAGUAAAGCUUACGGGGCGAAUAAACUGCAAUCGCAGUGAGUGGAAUUGAGCGUGAAUGUGAAGGAAGCUAAUCAGACAGACUCUCAUGCUAACCGGUGCGAGUUUCAUUCAGCUGGAGCGUCUCAGUCUGACUGACUACAUUUAACGCUGAACAAACCAAAAACACUCACAUUCUCACUACAGAUACAGCUAGCUAACGUUAUCAAACGAUGCUAUCAGCGAUAAAGAUUUUGCUAACGUUUUUCCACAAGCGAUGAAUAGAAACGAUCUGGUAACUAUCAAGCUAUUAAUGCUAAUGUCGAGGCUAACAUCAGGUAAUGUAGCUGCCAUGUUAACAGCGGUGAAAGAAUUCUUCCGUAGUAAAAUUCAGCGCUGAAUUCAAGUGUUCUCAAACGAUUCUGGAGAAAUCAUCGAAGUUUAGUCUCAGCAGCGUUAACAAAGCUGAGGUGAAAAAUCUUUCCUUUCUGAGCAAAAUUUUUGUUUCUCUGGUAAACAUUGCCUAUAAAAAUCAUCAGGAUUCGAGCUCCCGAUGAUCAGGCAAAUGCGUUUCUGUUGUGCCACUCUGGAGCUCUAUAGCUGUGUUGCUUUUUUUUGCUUUCUAAAACAACUGCUAGCUCUAGCUAACUAGUAUAUGCACAGACAAUAAGUGUAGGUUAGUUUAAAUCUCUCUUUCAGAGAAUGAGGGCUUCUGAUUAGCGAAACAAAAUCGCAGAGAAAUCUGUUAGCAAAGACGGCUCUUUAUACUUCAAUGUUUUGCUUUUUAAGUUUUUUUUUUUUUUUAGGUUCAGUUAACUUUAUUUAAUUCACACUUUACUUUUGACACAAAUCUGACCCGAUAAACACACAGCCACAUAGCGUCUCAAGCACACAAUGCUCGUGUGAUCUCUUUGCAAAAAUUACAAAUUCGUGUUAAUUUAAAAUGUAACUUCUUUUUUUUAAAGAUUUAUACUUCGAAUUGAAUCGUGCUUUACGUAAUAUUUUAGUAUGACUAUUUCUUUUUCUUUCCUUUUUUUUUGUUAGUAACGUACUUAUUUUGUCUUGCACAAAAAUCGCCUUCAAAACAAAAACAGUUCAAUUUAGCAAUGCUUUUUCAAGGUUGGGGUCAAAUUCGGCUUUUUCUUUUAAAGGAAACUUUUGCCGGUGAAGCAAAUUGUUCCUUUUCCAUCCCACUUUCGAAUGGAAUUACUUGAACAAGACAUGGUGUGCUUCCAAAUGUUGCUUCUGUAGUUUUAUAUUUGGAGCUACAAGGCUAGUAAUGGAGGUUUAUUAGCAUUAUGCUAACCAUAUACCAAAAUGGGUUUUUUUGUUUAUUAUUUUUUAAUACAUUUUAUUUAUGUAUUUAAAAGUUUAACUAUCUAUUUAUUCUGUAAUGUAAUGAUGCCAGCAUGCAGUUAGCAUGAUGAUAACUGAUAACUAGUUAGUUAGUCUCAUAGUUUUAGUGUUAAACCUAAAGCUAUGACAUUUGGAAACUAAAUAUUCCAUUCUGAGUAUAUCUGAGGUAAGUGGGAAUUUUCCCCCCAUUUUUCCCCCCAAGAAAACAUUUUAACAAUUAAAAUAGUUUUUUGGGUUGUUUUUUUUUAAUGCUGCUUAAUUUUCCUAGACAGUGGACAACUUAGAUUUUAUGAUAAAUUUAGCAUUUUAUCUCUGAAAAGUUAGCAAAAUGUUUCACGAAAUUCCAAAAUUUUCAAAAAUUUCUUUAGUUGUCAAAAAUUCUGAAGCGUAGUUUUUUGUGAUACAUUUUGCUAACUUGCUAACUUUGGACUUUAGUGAUAAAAUGCUAAAUUUAUCGUAAAAUUUAAGUCGUUCACCAGUCUCAUUCUCUGUCUAGGAAAAUUAGCAACUUUUUUUUUUUUUUUUUUUUUUAUGACCAAAGUAAAAGGUUAGUUAGCAAAAAACAAAGUUGGAAAAUUCUCAACCUAGAAAUUUAUUUGUUUGUUUAUUUUUGGGCAAAACUUCUUAAAUGCUGUAUGUAAAAUAUAAAAACAGAUAAAAUUAUAUAAAUUAUGAUAACUGUCUGAGCAGACUGGCUCUGUUUUCUGUAGUUAAAUUUGUGAGAUUAUUUGUCGCUUUAAUUAAUACGUAUUUAAGUACGUCUUUCAGAGUCAGGUAAAAAAAAAAUUUUUAUACUUGUAAUGUAGUAUCAUUUCAAUGUUUUGAUUUUUUUCUUUCCUGUGUAUUUUUGUUUUAAAGUAAAUUUGUCUUUUUUCAGGUUUCGGUUUUCAAAUCAUUUUAAGGUUCACUUUGUCAUUAUACGUGGGUGUACGGUGUAAUUAAAACAACAACUUGGAUGCAAUUUGAUGCACAACACUGAAUUUCUUUAUUCACAAAGUGUGUGUCUGUAUAGCGUGUUUAUCCACAUGUGACCUUGACUUUAUCAGAGUUAAAACCGCUCGGCACCAGUCAAGUCUAAACAUCACAUUCUUUAUAAAGAAAUGUGUCAUUUAUGAUAAUCUAUUUUGUUUAGAAAAAAAAAACAUGUCCAAGGUGAUAUCAUCAAAUGAGCGACAGAUGAUCCACAGUCGGUGUUGUUCACAUAAAAUAACUGAAGGUCACUCGAGGGAAAAUAUUCACAGUAGUCCAUUUUAGGUCAAGUGAAUUAUAUGAUUUGUAUCACAACGUUUCAUUCAUGAUUUUCUAAUUUUUUAAGCGUUUUAAGUUUAACUGACUUCCUAAAAAUACCAGAUAUAGAAAACUUGGAACACAUUCAUUCAGUGAAAAACAUUCAACUUCUGGUUCUGUCGUUGUCCUUUUGUGUAAUUAGCACUUUGAUUGGACAGUGUAUGGUUAGUCUAAUCUACUUUUAGUAUCUCAUCCAAAGAUAUUUUGAGGGAACACAUUAUCGGCUAAAUAAUCCACGUUAUUGGUAUUAAUCGGCUGCUUCAUUGUUAGUGUCGAAAAUGAAUCUCAAUUGAAUUGAUGAAUUUACAAAAGUUGACUUGUGCUUUUAAGUUCAAUCUUUUCCUUCAAAUAAAAAAAAAAAAAACGCAGUAACACGACCCCCUUGUGGACACUUGCAGUAGUGUUUCUGAGUAUCUCAAUAAUCUGAGACAAGUCUGUUAAUUGCUGCCUUGUUGUUCUAUGCUACGUCCUUCAGCCUGGAUGUCAGUCAAAGUCCACCAUCUUUAAGGAUGCUUCAAUUCAUAAAGUGCAAAAGGAUGUAAAAGGAUACACAGAUUCUUCCUAUGUGGAACAAACCUUUUUGUACAUUUUUAGCCAGAAGGAGCCAUUCUCAUGUUCUUCAUCAGACCUUUGAUUCAAUUCAAUUUUCAAUUCAAUUCAAUUUUAUUUGUAUAGCGCUUUUUACAAUAGACAUUGUCUCAAAGCAGCUUUACAGAAAUAUUACCACG